GGGAGCCACGCACCGCACAUUCCGUCCGCCAUUCAACCGAGACGCAUGCUGACGUAAUCGGAGCCCAAGAGGAGCAAGUGGAAGCGGCGGGCAGGCGAUGCCAAAAUGCCAUCGGCAGAUCAGAUCCUGUUUGUGAAUGUCACCACAACGGUGGCGGCGGCGGCUCUAACCGCUGCAGCCGCCGUGAGCACCACAAAAUCCGGAAGCGGCGAUGCCGUACGGCCGUAUACGGAUGCGGACGCGGGCAUGGAAGCGGAGACGGCGGCCAACAUAACCGGUUCCCUGGUGGAGGGCCUGACCACCGUGGCGGCGGCACUGAGUACGGCUCCGGCGGAUGCGGACUCCGUGGGAGAUUGCGGCGGAGCCGUGGAGGAGCUGCACGCCAGCGUCCUGGGUCUCCAAUUGGCGGUGCCGGAGUGGGAGGCCUUGCUGACCGCCCUGGUGCUCUCGGUCAUCAUCGUGCUGACUAUCAUCGGGAACAUCCUGGUGAUCCUGAGUGUGUUCACCUACAAGCCGCUGCGCAUCGUCCAGAACUUCUUCAUAGUGUCGCUGGCGGUGGCCGAUCUCACGGUGGCUCUCCUGGUGCUGCCCUUCAACGUGGCCUACUCGAUCCUGGGGCGCUGGGAGUUCGGCAUCCACCUGUGCAAGCUGUGGCUCACCUGCGACGUCCUGUGCUGCACCAGCUCCAUCCUGAAUCUGUGCGCCAUUGCCCUGGACCGCUACUGGGCCAUCACGGACCCUAUUAACUACGCCCAGAAGCGGACCGUGGGCCGGGUCCUGCUGCUCAUCUCCGGGGUGUGGCUGCUCUCGUUGCUGAUCAGCAGUCCGCCACUGAUCGGCUGGAACGACUGGCCGGACGAGUUCACCAGCGCCACGCCCUGCGAGCUGACCUCGCAGCGCGGCUAUGUCAUCUACUCCUCGCUGGGCUCCUUCUUCAUUCCGCUGGCCAUCAUGACGAUCGUCUACAUCGAAAUCUUCGUGGCCACGCGGCGGCGCCUGCGGGAGCGGGCCAAAGCCAACAAGCUCAACACAAUGGCGCUGAAGUCCGCCGAGCUGGAGCCGAUGGCCAACUCCUCACCCGCCGCCGCCUCCACCUCCGGCUCCAAGUCUCGCCUCCUGGCCAGCUGGCUGUGCUGCGGCAGGGAUCGGCCCCAGUUCGCCACGCCCAUGAUCCAGAACGACCAGGAGAGCAUCAGCAGCGAGACCCACCAGCCGCAGCAGAAGCAGGAUGGCUCCAAGGCGGGAGCCCAGAGCAACAGCGAUACGCAGCAGCAGCAGCACGUGGUCGUGCUGGUCAAGAAGUCGCGGCGGGCCAAGAUCAAGGACUCGAUCAAGCACGGCAAGGCCCGGGGCGGUCGCAAGUCGCAGUCCUCGUCCACCUGCGAGCCCCACGGCGAACAGCAGCUCCUGCCCGCCGGAGGAAGCUGCCGUGCUGGCGGAGGACACUCCGGCGGUGCAAAGUCCGACGCGGAAAUCAGCACGGAGAGCGGGAGCGACCCCAAGGGUUGCAUACAGGUCUGUGUGACUCAGGCGGACGAGCAGACGUCCCUUAAACUCACGCCGCCGCAGUCCUCGACGGGAGCCGCCGCCGUUUCCGCCACUCCGCUGCAGAAGAAACCGAGCGGCGUGAACCAGUUCAUCGAGGAGAAGCAGAAGAUCUCGCUGUCCAAGGAGCGGCGGGCAGCCCGCACCCUGGGCAUCAUCAUGGGCGUGUUCGUCAUCUGCUGGCUGCCCUUCUUCCUCAUGUACGUCAUCCUGCCCUUCUGCCAGAGCUGCUGCCCUACGAAUAAGUUCAAGAACUUCAUCACCUGGCUGGGCUACAUCAACUCCGGCCUGAACCCGGUCAUCUACACCAUUUUCAACCUGGACUAUAGGCGGGCCUUCAAGAGGCUGCUGGGCCUAAACUGAGGCAGGCUGGCGGGGGUGGGGGGUAGGGCCGCGGACCUGGGCAGUGGGAGGGGGCCAAGGUUCGAGCGGGAGAGCAUUACUCAGAGUUUGUGCCAAACUUAAAUAUUGGUUUAACCGUUCAUCAAAGAUCUCAGUAGAUGGUUGGGCCCAAGUGCUGAACUUUCGAUAAGGAAACCAAACCGAACUUCUCUAGCGCAUAAUUUUAAUUUGCCUUGAAAUUGAGUUGGUCCAAUUUCACAAAAGUGAAAGACGUUUUGGUAAAUCUUUUGAUAUUAUAUUAUGAUAAUUAAUAUUGUUUAUUUUAAACAUUUUUGAGGUAAUAAUGCAGAAAUGGUAUUUAAACGUUUUACCGCUUCGUUGGAAGACAUAUGGUUUUUAAAAACUUUAAAUUCGAUCAUCUCGAAAUUCUAUUUUUAGAUGUGGGACCCUUCAAUUAAAUUAGCAACAUGUAUAAUAUUAUUUAAAUUUUAUCGUUUCAGUUGCAUAAGUUAUACCAGUUAUUGCUGCUUAAAUCGUUUCAAGUUUAAUCAAUCAUGCUGGGGAAAACUAAUGAGCCAAAAGGGAAAGUUCAGGCACACUUAAAUAAAUGUAAACUGGAAAAACUGUUCAAUACUCAUACUGAAAGGGGUUGUGCUGGGUUUCAAAUGAGGAGACAUCCCUCCAGCCAUACACGCCCAAUAAAGAAACAUUAAAAUUACAUAGUAAAGAAUUACAUAACCAUAAAAACGAUACAUUAUAUAUACACAAGCUAAUUAACAUCCCAAACGAGAAACGCAUCAAAUUGAAUUUAAUAAAAUAAAAUUAAAUAUUUAGGCACAAGAUUUGUGGCAACAUUCGUGUUUCACCCUACGUGUAUGGAAAAAAUGGUGUUAGUUAAAUUAAAUCUGCGCUCAAAAUAUGUAAGCAAGUAAGCUAAACUUCCAAGAAACAAAAUAUGUUUUCUAGGCAUUACUUUAACGAUUUGUAUUUAAAUGUAAUUUAAUUAUAGGUAAACAAACACUAAACUACUGUACUUAAUGUAUACUUUCAAAUACGCUUUGAACUAUUUGUUAAAUAAUUUAUGGAUUAAUUGUUUUUAUGACAGAGCAACAAUUGUGUUGAGUGGGCAGCUAAAAGCUUGCGCAUCGAAACUUACUUAAGAUAGAUAAAUGUUUAAUUGCACUUUACGGAAUGCAACAGAAUUAGCGAAAUGGAGUACUAAAAAUCGAUGUAUAAACUCAAGUACAUGCUAUAUCGUAUAUAUCACAAUUUAUGUCUUUUAACGACGAAGUACGAUAGUUUCACUAAUUAACUUGUUUAACGAGCAAAUACGAGCUAAGCGUAAACGAAACCAACAAAAGACAGAUUCGAAUUAAAGUUAUGAAAGAACA